ACAAACGGCUCGAUUAUUUUGUAGAUUGUGGAGUGGAUGUCAGUGCUAGAUGUAGAAAUAAAAGCUUAUUCAUGGAUUCAAAGUAAUUAUUAUAAUGUUUAUGUAGUGUUAUUCAAGUUCUUAUAUAAUCGAAUUAUUUCUUAAUAACUUGAAUAUCUUAUUCGUUCUUGAUUCAUUUAUCAAACCUGACAGGACCCACUCACUCUCCGUGAUGAUACCCAGAUCCCAGUUCAAGUUUGCCAAGCGGUUGCUUCAUACGGUUUCAAAACAGGUUUUUGAUCCUGCAAAUAGGAAUCAUCUUAAUUGUCGAUUUUCAAAGAGUAGAGGUACGCUGUUUGUUAUAUCAGAUCGAACUAUCGUGAGGUCAUCGAUUGCCCUCAGUGACAUCAAGAACCUGCCCGGAUCAAAGUCUGAGGGGGAUGCGUUGGAUAAGAGAACUAAGUCUUCAUCUGAAGAGAAUGACUCCAACAAAGAUCAACUUGAACCUACAGCCAAGGCAGCAGCAGUUGAGAUCGCCAAAGAACUGGCUAAUAAAUUAGCAGUCAAAGCAACUGGCUCCGAAGCUGAACUGAGAGUAACAGAAUUGCUGAAAGAUAAAGAAACAUCUAAUAAUACUGGUAAGAAAGUGACAGCGGUGGCGGCGGCUCCGAAAAGGCAAAGAUCAUCGAUGCCUCGUGUCGACUUGUCGGCGUCAUCAGUCGAACGCAACUUCAUCACUCCCGUGCGAGCAAUGUCUGACUUCCUACUGAAGCCAGCUGAACUGGAAGACUUGAGGCCAAGCAAGAGGAGAUCGCCGUAUGAAAAUGAACCACCAAUCAUCGUGUAUUGGAGGAAAGACGUCGAAGCUAAAGCGAUUGAAAAAUGGGGUUCUCUAGAAGUACUUGAGAAAGAGAAGCUACAAAGGGAAUUGGAAAGAAAAUACUAUGAACAGACUAUAUUUGCAACAAAACGAAGAAUGAGAGAUUUCAGACGUGAUGUUGGCAGUCAAGCUGAUAUUAUAAUGGCGAAAACAUCAGGCCUUUCUUCAUCCUCUGGUCGUGUUGUCCUUACUGCGGUAGCUAUUAAUGGUACAAAUUUCAUCUUCAAACUGUGUGCUUGGAGGUAUACUGGAUCUCAUAGUAUGUUCUCAGAAACAAUUCACUCACUUGCCGACACAAUCAACCAACUCAUCUUAGCAUAUGGAAUCCACAAAUCGGUGCAGAGAGCAAAUCAGGACCAUCCUUAUGGUUACACUCACAUGAAAUAUGUCGCUUCGUUGAUCUCUGGGGUGGGCAUAUUUUGUGUCGGUACUGGUCUGUCCUUGUAUCAUGGUAUCACUGGACUCAUGAACCCAGAGCCUAUGGACUCAUUCUAUUGGGCUUACUUUGUGCUAGCUGGUUCUUUUGUCUCUGAGGGCGCUACGUCUCUGGUUGCCUUCAACUCAAUAAAGAAAGGUGCUCUUGAACAUGGGAUGUCUUUCACUGAAUAUGUGUUGAGGGGCAAGGACCCCAGUGUGAAUGUGGUGCUACUGGAGGAUCUGGCAGCAGUGGCGGGGGUGAUGGUGGCCGGAGUGUGCAUGGGCUUGUCGUCCCACUUUGACAGCGUCAUCCCCGAUGCGAUCGGCUCCCUUCUGGUUGGCGGCAUUCUGGGCGCAGUCGCCUCCUUCAUCAUCUACACCAAUGUGGCCGCUCUGUUGGGCAGGUCCAUUCCAGAAGAAUAUUUGAAUAAGAUCAAUACCGAAUUGGAGUCUGACGUCAUGAUAAGAGCCAUCUACGAUGUUAAAGGGAUUGAUAUUGGAAACUCUCUAAUCAGGUAUAAGGCUGAAUUAGACUUUGAUGGCAGAGAAUUGACCAGAAGCUAUCUGGAUAAACAAGACUUGAAUUCACUUCUUGAGGAGGUGAAGGGUUUCAACGACAUAGAUCAAGUGGAAUCGUUCAUGAUCAAGCAUAGUGAAGCUAUUGUAGAUAUGAUGGGCGGCGAGAUUGACAGGAUCGAGAUGAAGUUGAGGAGGAAGUUCCCAGACAUCCGGCAUUGUGAUCUUGAAAUACUUUAAUUUAGUCGACAAAGGAAGGUAGCGAGUGAUCUUUUGGACUGUGAUAUAUUUAUUAUCGUAUAUAUUCUUCUGCUUCGUAACUCAGUAUUGAGCUCUGCUAUUGUCCACUUUCUGCUGUUAGAUAUAUUUUCAUCUG